CUUGGGUUGAACCUCACUGUAACCGUGUGAUACCAAGUCAAACCAUGGCAACUCAAGUUAUCUCAUCUGAAAUGUUGUCCUAAACCCAUUGAUGGAUUUUGUAAAUCUUUUCACAGGUUAAAAACGAGAAGGAAUUUGUCGUGGGGAUCUCAAACAGAAAACGCCAGUUUUGCUGUCUCUGUCUGGAUAUUUAAGAAGAGGAGCGAGGGAUUCAAUCGACUAUCCUUCCUGCUCAGACUGUGGAGAGGGAUUCAAAUGAUCAUUUGACCAAAUAGCAAGCCAGUCAUCUUACACAGGAGAAAGGCUGUUCACCUGCUCAGACAGUGGGAAUAGAUUCACUCAGUUAUCACAAUUGAAGGUACAUCAGCAAGUUCACACUGGGCAAGGCCAUUCAUCUGUUCUGUGUGUGAGAAAGGAUUCACUCAGUCAUUUGACCUUAUGGCUCACCAGCGAGUUCACACUGGGGAGAAGCCAUUCACCUGUUCAGUCUGUGGGAAGGGAUUCACUCAGUCAUCCAACCUACUGAGUCCCCAGCGAGUUCACACUGGAGAGAGGCGCUUCACCUGCUCAGUCUGUGGGAAGAGAUUCACUCAUUCAUCCGCCCUACAGAGACAUCAGCGAGCUCACACUGGGGAGAAGCCAUUCACCUGCUCAGUCUGUGCGAAGGGAUUCACUCGGUCAUCCAACCUACUGGUACAUCAGCGAGUUCACACUGGGGAGAAGCCAUUCACCUGCUCAGAAUGUGGGAAAGGAUUCAGUGAGUUAUCCAACCUACUGGUACAUCAGCGAGUUCACUCUGGGGAGAAGCCAUUCACCUGCUCAGUCUGUGCGAAGGGAUUCAGUCGGUCAUCCAACCUAAGGAGACAUCAGCGAGUUCAUACUGGGGAGAAGCCAUUCACAUGCUCAGAAUGUGGUAAAGGAUUCAGUGAGUUAUCCAACCUACUGGUACAUCAGCGAGUUCACACUGGGGAGAAGCCAUUCACCUGCUCAGAAUGUGGGAAAGGAUUCAGUGAUUUAUCCAGCCAACUGAGACAUCAGCGAGUUCACACUGGGGAGAAGCCGUUCACAUGCUCAGAAUGUGGGAAAGGGUUCAGUGAGUUAUCCAGCCUACUGAGACAUCAGCGAGUUCACACUGGGCAGAAACCGUUCACCUGUUCAGAAUGCGGGAAGAGAUUCACUCAGUCAUCCCACCUACAGAGUCAUCUGCCAGUUCACACUGGGGAGAGGCCAUUCACCUGCUCAGACUGUGGGAAAGGAUUCACUCUGAUAUCCCGCCUACAGAGACAUCAGCGAGUUCACACGGGGGAGAAGCCGUUCAACUGCUCAGUCUGUGGGAAGGGAUUCACCCAGUCAUCCCACCAAUGGAGUCACCAGCGUGUUCACACUGGGGAGAAGCCGUUCACCUGCUCAGUCUGUGGGAAGAGAUUCACUGUGUCAUCCCACCUACAGAGUCAUCAGCGAAUUCACACUGGGGUGAAGCCGUUCACCUGUUCAGAAUGUGGGAAGGGAUUCACUCAGUCAUCCAACCUACGGAGUCAUCAGCGAGUUCACACUGGAGAGAGGCCGUUCACCUGCUUAGAAUGUGGGAAGAGAUUCACUCAUUCAUCCGCCCUACAGAGUCACCAGCGAGCUCACACUGGGGAGAAGCCGUUCAUCUGCUCAGAUUGUGGGAAGAGAUUCACUCAAUCAUCUGCCCUACAGAGACACCAGCGAGUUCACACUGAGGAGAAGCCAUUCACCUGCUCAGAAUGUGGGAAGGGAUUCACUCAGUCAUCCUACCUACUGAGACAUGAGCGUGCUCACACCGGUGAAAAGCCGUUCAAAUGCACAGAAUGUGGGAAACGGUUCACUCUGUCAUCCAACCUUCUGAAACACCAGCGAGUUCACACUGGGGAGAAGCCGUUCCUCUGCUCAGAAUGUGGGAAGAGAUUCACUCGCUCAUCCGACCUGCAGAAUCAUCAGCGAGUUCACACUGGAGAGAAGCCAGUCCCCUGCUCAGAAUGUGGGAAGAGAUUCAGUCACUCAUCCACCCUACUGGUACAUCAGCGAGUUCACACUGGGGAGAAGCCGUUCAUCUGCUUAGUCUGUGGGAAGAGAUUCACUAAGUCAUCCAGAUUGCUGGAACAUCAGCAAGCUCACACUGGAGAGAGGCCAUUCACCUGCUCAAAAUGUGGGAAGAGAUUCACUCGCUCUUCCACACUACAGAGACAUCAGCGAGUUCACACUGGAGAGGAGCCAUUUACCUGCUGAGAAUGUGGGAAAGGAUUCACUCAGUCAUCCCAACUACUGGCACACCAGUCAGUUGUUAUGAAUCCCUAGGUUUUGUUUGCUGUGGACUGUCAUUUUAAGAGAGAGAGAUUAGGAAGGUGAAUCAGUUUGACUUGCAGCUUGUUUACAUCACUCACAGCUUGUUUAGUUUUAACUGAGGACACAGACACUCAGAGUCAGACGGAGAUGAAGGAGGAAAAAUGGAAAGAUCGA